AUGCCUCCAACCAAUAUUCGAACUCUUUCAUCAUCCAACAAUAAUUCAUCACCAUCAUCGUCUUCGGGUACACAAAAAUCAUUUCCCACCACAGGUGGAAGAACACUCAGAGUUUCAUCCUCAUCCUCAUCUACUAAUGAAGACAAUAGUACUGAUAGAAUUGGAGCAUCAUCUUCAUCAUCAACAGAUGUAAAAAAGGCACCUUUGAAUAAUAAUAAUAGUAUAAUUAUUAAACGUGAUGAUGGUAUGGAAAAUAUUCCGAGAGAAUUUACUCCACAAAAGUUUAUACCACCCCCAAGAUUUGAUACAAACAAAACUCGGAGUAAUCCAUCUUCAUCAUCAAGUAAUAAUUCUUCUAAUAGACAACAUGUUUGUUCGUCGUUGUGUUCUUGUCCAAAAACAAGUUCUAGUAAUGGAAAGAAGAAUUCAUGUGAUACACCAAUUUUCAAUCAACAAACAGUGAAUAAUUUUAGUGAUGCAAUUAUAUUGGCAGAAUUGAAUUCACCAACACCUGAUGUUCAUGUGUUAUUUACUCAUUUUGAUGGCAAGUAUUUCAGAAAUAAGUUGUCAACGUGCACAACUUUGAGAUGGAGUUCUAAAAUGACACUUUGUGCUGGAAUUUGUUAUAGUCAAUAUCAGAAAUAUACCAUAACAAAAACAUUUGGACCUAGAGUGUCUUCGAGUGGAUAUUAUGAUCCUAAUGAUAUACUGAAAAAACAAGAGCAAGUCACUCAGAAAAUUUGUACAAUAUCCUUGAGUGAAUGCCUUUUAAAGUUUAGACCACCAAUUGAUACCAUUUCGACAUUGAUACACGAAAUGAUUCAUGCUUUUUUAUUCAUCGACUCGAAUGUUGUCGAUAGAGAGGGUCAUGGUGAAAAUUUUCAGUGGUGGAUGAAAUUUGUCAACACCAAAGAAAAUGGAACAGGAAUUCACAUUACAAUUUAUCAUACUUUUCAUGCUGAAGUUGAUUAUUAUCGUCAACAUCAUUGGAGAUGCAAGAAAUGUGCGAUGUUAGUCAAGAGAGCUAUGAAUAGAGCUCCUAACAAACAUGACGAUUGGUUUGCAGAUCAUGAGAAGAAGUGUGGAGGAAGUUUUGUAAAAAUUAAGGAACCUGAAAAGGUUGAAAAGAAAAAGAGUGGAAAUUAUAAGGGUAUUGAAAAAUCGAGGAAAUUUAUGGAAAACUUUCUCACGAAAAAGAAUCCAACCAUUAAGGGAAUUGAGAGUGAUUCUGAUCUCACAAAAGUAGCAGCAAAUCAGAUAUCUAACAGUUCAACUGAUAAAAAGAAUGAAAAGAAACCUAUCAAUGAUUUGAUAAUUAUUGAGGAGGAUAGACCUAAAGGUAAUACUAAUAAGAAGAAGGAUAAUCUGCCUAUUACGAUUGAGAUAUUGGAUGAUGAAGAUGAAGAAGUGGAUUCUCCAUCAUAUAAAUCCGAUGAAAUAUUCAUCAAUGACGAUGAUUACAUACCCCCAGACAAUGUAAUUAUCCUAACAAAUGAUCAAGACAUUCAAGAUGAUGUUAUUAUUCUUUAA